AUGUCCCAAUAUGCCGCGGAGCUGUGCACGCUCCUAGUUGAGGAUAACUUUGGAGAUUUGUUCGGACGGAUAUAUUCGACUCUUGUCCAAUAUGGUCGCCUUACGCUCUUUCGUCUCCGAGAUCAUUCACAAGUCUCCCAGAAACAACUGCUCCAUGCCCUUGCUGCCCUCGUGCAAAUGCAUCUGGUGUACCAUUACACCUCAACCGAUGAUGGAUUCACCUACUAUGAAGCCAACAUAGACGGUGCUUACUAUCUGAUACGGACAGGAAAAGUCUUGGAAGUGGUAGAAGAAAGGCUAGGCUCAUAUGCUGCACAAGUCAUGGCUGCUAUCGCCUAUCACGGCCAUAUUAUGAUCAGCGAGCUUGAAGCUCUACCGGAACUCCAAGCCAAAGAUGAUGCACACUAUGGAAAUGGCGACAAUGCUGAUGAAGACAUUAAGAAUGAAGACGAUGUCAGCGAGGGUACCGUGAAUGGCGUCGAGACUAACGGCGCCGCUAAUGGGGAUGGAGACGAUCAUCGCCCAUCCAAUACUCGUCUACACUCGGCGCUAAAUUAUCUUGCUGGGCAUGGCUAUAUUUGCCAAGUCAAAGAUGUCCAUCUUCACAGUCUGGCAGACAACACUCUGGAUGCUGAACGAGAAGCCACCAUAUGGGCUGGAAAUUCGGACUCCAAAGGCAAAAAGAAAGCCGCGGAGAUUGAAGACAAAAAGAGAGAAAUUCUCAACGACCGUCUAGAUGCUGACCUGAGCAGGGGAUUGACGGCUUAUGCCCAUCCGCCUGUUACCAAAAGACGACAGGAAAACGGGCACUCCGAGAACCCCCACAAACGUCGUCGUGUAGACUCGGAUGACGAGAUGGGCGACGAGAAUACUUGGGACGAGGGCGACGUGGAGGACCAGGAGACAAUGCGGCCGACUCUCGUGGUUCGUGUGAAUUAUCAGAAAUUAGACGUGGUUUUCAGAAACCGUCGUCUCGUCGAACUAGCGUUGCAGGGCACGUCACCAGCUACUGCCGAAGUGUACGAAACACUCUUACGUCUCAUCGAAUAUAAAACACCUUGUUGCCGAGAAGGCAUUGAAAUUCCCCGUGAGGGAGAAGAAGGCGAAACAAAUUCUGUAGCUAUCACGUUACAGCGACUUGCAAAUGAGGUUGACCCUCGUCUAGAUCUCAAAGGAACAAUCGGGCCACCAGGAAACCCACAAGCAAGCAAAACUAAUAAGCGGUCGUUAGCAAACGGCGUGAAUGGAAUUCACCACGAGGAUGAUGAUGACACAGAAACGACACGAACUCAUGAAAUCGAUCAGCACCUCAAUCUCCUAGCUCUGCCGCCAUACAGUCUAUCUACGCGGCGAAGUCAAGGUACCAUACCGGCAUGGUAUGUAGAAUACCGACGCCUUGCUCGUCAACUGCGCCACCUCGAGAUUGAGCGCAUAGUCGGGAUAAGAUUCGGCAAACUAGCUCUUCGAGUGAUUCAGAUUCUGCUUUCCAUGGGGAAACUAGACGAGAAACGUCUACAGGAAGUCAGCCUCAUAUCACAGAAGGACCUGCGUCAAGUUCUCGCACAAAUGCAGGAGAAUGGGUUCGUGGACCUGCAAGAAAUUCCUAAAGAUGCACAACGCCUGCCCAAUCGAACAGUCUUUCUGUGGUUCUACGACCCAGACCGCGUCGGUCGAAACUUACUCCACGACACUUACAAAGCCAUGUCACGAUGUAUCCAACGUCUACGCUUUGAGCGGACUCGACUCAAGGACUUUCUGGAUAAGACAGAGCGUACCGACGUGCGAGGGGAUGAAGAAAAAUAUCUUACUGAAGCAGAACUGGAGACUUUGCGGCAGUGGCGUGAGAAAGAAGGCUUGAUGCUUGGAGAGAUAGCUCGACUAGAUGAUCUGGUCGCUGUUUUUAGGGAUUUCUAA